AUGCCUCCCAAACUCGCCGCUCAGAAGGAGCACAACGUCUAUCUCACCACCUCAGUCACUUUCGACAACAAGAAAGACGACUUUGGAAGACUCCAAGUCUAUCAAGCCUUUGCAUCACUCGACGAGGCCAACGAGUUUUGUGAGGCUAAAGCUGAUGAGCUCGCCGUCAUGCUGGGCGUUGAAUGCCCAGAUCCAACACUUGAAAACUACGGCAGAGAUGGCGCCUUCAGAAUGGAACUGCCUUUGGAGCAUCGCAACAGAGAUAUGAUCGUCGAAACUGUCAUCAUGCCUCUCAUGGGCGGUACCAUAAGCCACAAUAAGACUGUCUCAUGUAAGACUGCAGCAAAACCAACCAAGGCCAUCAAAGCCAAACCACAGAAGAGAAGAACAAACGUCAAGAAAGCACAAAGCUCCGACGAGGAAGAGGAGGACUAUGUUUCGAGCGACGAGAUGAAAGAUGAGCCUCCUUCACCCAGGACCAAACCAACCAAAGCUCGCAAGGCAAUCAAAGCUGAAGACUCAGACCUGGACUCCACCGCUGCCCGCUCGGAAAACCUCGACGUUGUGCAUCGUGAUUCUGUUGUCGAUUCUAGCGCCGUCACUGCAGCCGAUAUUGCUGCGGCUCCCUCGGGUUCUCCUGACUGUCUCCAAUACGGCUCAUACUUUGUGGUUGGACAUCACGAGCAUUGGAGCGAGGAACAGAUCAAGGUCAUCAUCAAGACGUUCGGAGGCACACUCAGGGAUAAGAUGCCCGUGUACAACACCGAUAACACCUUCUCCGUUGUGCUCGGAUACAAGGCCCCUGGAGUGGCUUUGCGCAGGAUCAGACAGAAGGAGUUCCAGACCUACCCGCCGAAGGUCAUCCUCGCUCGCAUUGGUGGUCCCGAGGGUCCUACAAAGAUCACCAAAGAGGAGGUCGCCAAACUCUGCAAACAAGCCCCAAGCAAACCCAAAGAAGAGACGGAUAGCGAGGAGGAGCUCUAA